AUGGCAGCUCUUGGUAUGCUCAUCUCGGCGACCGCGAAGGAGUCGAUGCAGUUCACUGCUGGUCUGGCCAUUGCUGGUUGGGGAGGAGGUUUUUGUCAGAUGGCCAUGUGCAGCAUCCCCGAGCUCAUGCCAAACCGGUACCGCCAUAUCGGCAUCUGCCUCUCGGACGGCUUCGUCUUCGUGAUCGUAAUCUUCGGCCCAGUGGUCGGUCGCUACGCCAUCGACGACGGCGAUUCCUGGAAGUACAUCUACUACGGCGGCUUCGUUGCCCAACUCAUCUCGCUCGUCGCACUGGCCUGCCUCUACUUCCCACCACAACACCCCAAGGGCGUCCCAUGGAAAGAAGCCGUCCGCGGCCUCGACUACAUCGGAACUCUGCUGGUCGUCCCAGGCGUCUGUCUCGCUCUGGUCGGCAUCAUCAACACCACGUACAUGUCCGCUUCCUCAACCAUGGUGAUCGCUCCUCUGGUCGUUGGCAUCGUCCUCCUGAUUCUCUUCGGCUUCUGGGAGAACUUCGGAUGGGUAACCUAUCCACUGUGUCCACCAAGGAUCUUCCGCUCCCACAAGGGCCGCGAGUUCACCGUCCCCUUCAUCAUCGCGUUCAUUGUGACGAUGUUCUACUACGGCAUCAACGUGAUCUAUCCAACAAUGGUCAACGUCUUCUACAUCACCCCCACCACCUCCCGCGGCUACGAACUCGCCCUCUCCCUCCCGGGCAACAUCGGCCUCGUCUUCGGUGCCUGCCUCCUGAUAGCCUUCGGCGACCUCUUCCGCAACUACCGCACCACCCUCUCCAUCUCCUGGGCCGGCAUGGUGCUCUUCGGCGGGCUCAUGGCGCUCGUGACGCCCUACAACAAGGGACUCAUGAUCGCUUUCGCCUUUCUGGAGCAGACGUGUUUCGGCUGGGCGCAGUACUUGUCUAUUGCGUUCACGCAGCUAGGCGUGCAUCAGCAUGAUCUAGGCAUGUCCGGUGGACUGGCGGGAGUGGCGAGGUAUGCAGGUGGUUCGUUGGCGCAGGCGAUUUACGUGUCGAUUCUCGCGAAUACGCAGGCUUCGCGGGCGGCUAUCACGGUGCCGGAGGCUGCGAUCCGGGCUGGUGCUAAUUCAGAGACGGCGAGUGCGUUAUUGGCGGCCCUGCCACUAGGAAGCGCGGCGAUUGCAAAGGUGCCUGGAAUCACGGAUGAGAUUGUUGCGGCGGCGAGCACGGCUUUCCAGUGGUCCUAUGCGCAUGGGUUGAAGAUUACUGCGUUGAGCUCGUUGUCCUUUGGAGGGGUGGGCCUGAUCUUGUGUUUGAUGACGGAGAAUAUUGACAAGAAGAUGACGCAAGAGACCAACGUCUUCCUCGAGAACGACAUCCAUGCAUCGAAGAACGAGUACCACUGA